AUGAAUCUGGAAACGUCAUCUAUCCUAUCACCAAGCCGGACGGAUCUCCACUUCCAACUGACGCCAGUGGGAAACUUCGUCACAGAGGAAGGCACAAUUGUUGAGAAGGACGACGAAGGCAAACCUCUCGGUCCUGACGGCCAAGUCCUGCCAACAGACUCUGCUGGAAACUACAUCUUCCCUAUCAUUGGUCCAGAUGGAAGCGUCUUGCCAACAGAUGAGAACAAAGAAAGCCAAUUUAUCCUGUGGUCGGACCUGAUGGAACUCCUUUGCCGACAGACGCCAGCGGAGCAGCGAUCGGAGUUGAUGGAAAACCAAUUCCAACAGAUUCAGCCGGAAGACCUCUUGGAGAAGAUGGUUCUCCGCUUCCAACUGACGCUUCGGGCAACUACGUCAACGUUCCUUCUGCGACUGAAACAAGCAAAGUUCUGCCAACUGAUGAAUCUGGAAACGUCAUCUAUCCUAUCACCAAGCCGGACGGAUCUCCACUUCCAACUGACGCCAGUGGAAACUUCGUCACAGAGGAAGGCACAAUUGUUGAGAAGGACGACGAAGGCAAACCUCUCGGUCCUGACGGCCAAGUCCUGCCAACAGACUCUGCUGGAAACUACAUCUUCCCUAUCAUUGGUCCAGAUGGAAGCGUCUUGCCAACAGAUGAGAACAAGAAGCCAAUUUAUCCUGUGGUCGGACCUGAUGGAACUCCUUUGCCGACAGACGCCAGCGGAGCAGCGAUCGGAGUUGAUGGAAAACACAUUCCAACAGAUUCAGCCGGAAGACCUCUUGGAGAAGAUGGUUCUCCGCUUCCAACUGACGCUUCGGGCAACUACGUCAACGUUCCUUCUGCGACUGAAACAAGCAAAGUUCUGCCAACUGAUGAAUCUGGAAACGUCAUCUAUCCUAUCACCAAGCCGGACGGAUCUCCACUUCCAACUGACGCCAGUGGAAACUUCGUCACAGAGGAAGGCACAAUUGUUGAGAAGGACGACGAAGGCAAACCUCUCGGUCCUGACGGCCAAGUACUGCCAACAGACUCUGCUGGAAACUACAUCUUCCCUAUCAUUGGUCCAGAUGGAAGCGUCUUGCCAACAGAUGAGAAUAAGAAGCCAAUUUAUCCUGUGGUCGGACCUGAUGGAACUCCUUUGCCGACAGACGCCAGCGGAGCAGCGAUCGGAGUUGAUGGAAAACCAAUUCCAACAGAUUCAGCCGGAAGACCUCUUGGAGAAGAUGGUUCUCCGCUUCCAACUGACGCUUCGGGCAACUACGUCAACGUUCCUUCUGCGACUGAAACAAGCAAAGUUCUGCCAACUGAUGAAUCUGGAAACGUCAUCUAUCCUAUCACCAAGCCGGACGGAUCUCCACUUCCAACUGACGCCAGUGGAAAACUUCGUCACAGAGGAAGGCACAAUUGUUGAGAAGGACGACGAAGGCAAACCUCUCGGUCCUGACGGCCAAGUCCUGCCAACAGACUCUGCUGGAAACUACAUCUUCCCUAUCAUUGGUCCAGAUGGAAGCGUCUUGCCAACAGAUGAGAACAAGAAGCCAAUUUAUCCUGUGGUCGGACCUGAUGGAACUCCUUUGCCGACAGACGCCAGCGGAGCAGCGAUCGGAGUUGAUGGAAAACACAUUCCAACAGAUUCAGCCGGAAGACCUCUUGGAGAAGAUGGUUCUCCGCUUCCAACUGACGCUUCGGGCAACUACGUCAACGUUCCUUCUGCGACUGAAACAAGCAAAGUUCUGCCAACUGAUGAAUCUGGAAACGUCAUCUAUCCUAUCACCAAGCCGGAUGGAUCUCCUCUUCCAACUGACGCCAGUGGGAACUUCGUCACAGAAGAAGGUACAAUUGUUGAGAAGGACGACGAAGGCAAACCUCUCGGUCCUGACGGCCAAGUUCUGCCAACAGACUCUGCUGGAAACUACAUCUUCCCUAUCAUUGGUCCAGAUGGAAGCGUCUUGCCAACAGAUGAGAACAAGAAGCCAAUUUAUCCUGUAGUCGGACCUGACGGAACUCCUUUGCCGACAGACGCCAGCGGAGCAGCGAUCGGAGUUGAUGGAAAACCAAUUCCAACAGAUUCAGCCGGAAGACCUCUUGGAGAAGAUGGUUCUCCGCUUCCAACUGACGCUUCGGGCAACUACGUCAACGUUCCUUCUGCGACUGAAACAAGCAAAGUUCUGCCAACUGAUGAAUCUGGAAACGUCAUCUAUCCUAUCACCAAGCCGGAUGGAUCUCCUCUUCCAACUGACGCCAGUGGGAACUUCGUCACAGAAGAAGGUACAAUUGUUGAGAAGGACGACGAAGGCAAACCUCUCGGUCCUGACGGCCAAGUUCUGCCAACAGACUCUGCUGGAAACUACAUCUUCCCUAUCAUUGGUCCAGAUGGAAGCGUCUUGCCAACAGAUGAGAACAAGAAGCCAAUUUAUCCUGUAGUCGGACCUGACGGAACUCCUUUGCCGACAGACGCCAGCGGAGCAGCGAUCGGAGUUGAUGGAAAACCAAUUCCAACAGAUUCAGCCGGAAGACCUCUUGGAGAAAAUGGUUCUCCGCUUCCAACUGACGCUUCGGGCAACUACGUCAACGUUCCUUCUGCGACUGAAACAAGCAAAGUUCUGCCAACUGAUGAAUCUGGAAACGUCAUCUAUCCUGUCACCAAGCCGGAUGGAUCUCCUCUUCCAACUGACGCCAGUGGGAACUUCGUCACAGAAGAAGGUACAAUUGUUGAGAAGGACGACGAAGGCAAACCUCUCGGUCCUGACGGCCAAGUUCUGCCAACAGACUCUGCUGGAAACUACAUCUUCCCUAUCAUUGGUCCAGAUGGCAGCGUCUUGCCAACUGACGAGAACAAAAAGCCAAUUUAUCCUGUAGUCGGACCUGAUGGAACUCCUCUGCCGACAGACGCCAGCGGAGCAGCGAUCGGAGUUGAUGGAAAACCAAUUCCAACAGAUUCAGCCGGAAGACCUCUUGGAGAAGAUGGUUCUCCGCUUGCAACUGACGCUUCGGGCAACUACGUCCACGUUCCUUCUGCGACUGAAACAAGCAAAGUUCUGCCAACUGAUGAAUCUGGAAACGUCAUCUAUCCUGUCACCAAGCCGGAUGGAUCUCCUCUUCCAACUGACGCCAGUGGGAACUUCGUCACAGAAGAAGGUACAAUUGUUGAGAAGGACGACGAAGGCAAACCUCUCGGUCCUGACGGCCAAGUUCUGCCAACAGACUCUGCUGGAAACUACAUCUUCCCUAUCAUUGGUCCAGAUGGCAGCGUCUUGCCAACUGACGAGAACAAAAAGCCAAUUUAUCCUGUAGUCGGACCUGAUGGAACUCCUCUGCCGACAGACGCCAGCGGAGCAGCGAUCGGAGUUGAUGGAAAACCAAUUCCAACAGAUUCAGCCGGAAGACCUCUCGGAGAAGAUGGUUCUCCACUUCCAACUGAUUAUCUGGGACAGUUCAUCGCACCUAAGUCUACAGAUAUCUGCAGUUUCCGAGGACCUGUCGAAUAUCUUGUUCUAGUCGUGGAGUGUUCUCACACAAGCGCACCAUAUUUGAGAGAAACAAAGAAGCUUCUCAAAAAGUUUUUGAAUAGGAUUCCAAGGGAUAAAGUUCCGAAGGUCGGAAAGAUCAUUUAUGGCGCGACGACAGAAAUCACGGUGGACAUCGGCAGUUAUGGAUCAUUUGACGAGCUCUACAACUCGGUUGAUGAGAUUCGGGAAAUCGGGGGCAGCCCAGACGCAAGCUUGGCCCUGCAGACAACUCGGCAUCUACUCCAAGAAGAACACAGUGGUGAAACGCUCGUUGUUCAUCUUCACGCCACGCCGUAUCCGUAA